UCCCCUCUCUUCCCCCACCCUAUAUAAUUCUCCAUCAAUGCGCACAUACGAGCCUUUCUCUAGGAGUGCGCCUCUCAACUCGCCGUCCUUCCUCCCCUCGUAGCAGCCUCUCGGCUUUCCCUUGACGCCCCUCGGUAAAACUCGAGAUCCAACGCUUGCACCCCAUGUCUAACGAGAACGAAAAAGCCCUCCCCCCCGGCUCCCUGCACGACAGCCUCCCCGAGGAUUCGAUCCCGAAACUCGAUGAGGAUAUUGAGCGGGAACUUGAGGCCGAGGAAGACGCUCACAUCGGUGUCAAGGCCGUCGAGGCCGCCGAGAAAGUGUAUGGCCCCCAUUCCAAGUGGUUCCUCUUCAUUGGAAUCGCUUUGGCGUCCUACAUCUACUCGCUUGAUGGCCAGACGACCUACAACUACCUCGCUUUCGCAACCUCUGCAUUCGAUAAGCAUAGUCUCAUUUCCACUAUUCAGGUCGCACAGUCUGUCAUCAUCGCCUGCGGGAAACCCGUUAUCGCCAAGUUCGCCGAUGUCACUUCCCGUGCAACGGCGUACCUGAUUGUCCUCUGCUUCUACGUCCUCGGUUACAUCGUCAUUGCAUCCGCCAACGGCGUCGGUGCUCUCGCGGCGGGCAUCAUCCUCUACGCUGUCGGAUACAGCGGACUGCAACUCCUGACCUCUGUAAUCAUCGCCGACAUCACAACCCUCAAAUGGCGGGGUCUCGUCUCCGGUCUCACAUCCGCUCCCUUCAUCAUCAAUGCCUUCAUCGGCUCCAACGUUGCGACCCAGGUCCUCGAGCAUGCCGGCUGGCGCUGGGGCUACGGCAUGUUCGCCAUCCUCGUUCCGGCCUCCCUCGCGCCGCUCAUCGUCACCCUCUUCUGGGCUGAACAGAAGGCGAAGCGGCUUGGGCUCGUAAACGUUCCUCGUGUAAAGCCCGACGUGGAAGCUCCUGUCGCAAACCCGCUUCUCAACCGCAUGUGGGCCUUCGCGCAGCAGCUCGAUGUCGUCGGCUUGGCUCUCAUCGGUGCGAGCGUUGCGCUCAUCCUUCUCCCGCUCACGCUCGCGCCCGAAGCGAAGAGCCAGUGGCAUAAUCCCUCAAUGAUCGCCAUGAUCACCAUCGGCUGUGUGCUCAUCCCGUUCAUCGGCGGCUGGGAGUUCUACUACGCGAAGCGCCCCGUCAUCGCGCGCCGCUUCCUGCUUAACCGGACGGUCAUCAUUGCGGCGUGGAUCGGCUUCUUCGACUUCUUCUCCUUCUACCUCACGCAGACAUACCUCUACUCGUUCAUCCUCAUCACCAAGAACUGGUCGCUCGUCAACGUCACUUACUUCAACCAGACGCAGUCCGUCGCGCUCACCGUCUUCGGCAUCCUCGCCGGGGUCUUGCUACGCUUCGUACACCGCUACAAGUUAGUCCUUAUCAUCGGUCUCGCUAUCCGUCUCUUCGGUGUCGGCCUGAUGAUCCACUCGCGCGGCGCGAAGGCUUCUGAUGCCGAGGUGGUCAUGACCCAGAUCAUUCAGGGCUUCGGUGGGGGCUUUGCCUCCGUGUGCUCCCAGGUCGCAGCCCAGGCCGCUGUCCCACACGUCGACAUGGCUAUCACGACCGCGAUGGUUCUCCUCUGGACUGAGAUUGGCGGUGCUGUCGGCAGCGCCGUAGCUGGUGCGAUUUGGACGACCAACAUGCCCCACAAGCUCGCGGAGCACCUCCCGAAUGCGAACCAGACUACGAUCGACGAGCUCUUCGGCUCCAUCACGGACGUCCUGGCUCUCCCCUAUAACGACCCCACCCGCGAGGGUGUCAUUGACGCCUACAGCGACGUGAUGAAGCUGAUGCUCAUCGCUGCUACGGUGCUCGCCGUCGUGCCUCUCGCGCUGUCGUUCUUCAUGCCGAACUGGUACCUCGGCGACAAGCAGAACGCCGUCGAUGCCGCGGACCUCAAGGGCGAGCGCGCGGCGCGCCCCUUUCCUUCGUCCCAGUCCCAGAUGCAGGUUGAGGCCUAAGAGAAAAGUAAUCUUGUUUAGGUAUGGUAACAUAUUGUGCUGAAGCAGUGCCUUGUCACGACUAGAGUAUGAUCACUAAAACUAUAGUUAUGAUCGAGUUGAUUGCUUAGCAUGAGCUGAGACCGUUCUCAAAGCGACCGCUGGAAUGUUGUGCUGUGCUCAUCUCGGGCAUUGCAUUGGAGUUGCAGUAUCUCAAUUAAAGAAUAUCUUGACGAGUCAGCCC